UCACAGGCUUCAAGCUGGCUUUAUAAACUUGCUCCACUUUUGCAUACUUCCUCAUACUGCUAGUUUCUCUGUGAAGAUGAAGCUGCUUGUUUACUUAAUCUUGCUGAAGACGGCUCUCCUUGCUGUAACAGAUGUCUUUGCAGCUGUUUCAGAAGAUGAAGAGGAUGCUAAAGAAGGAAAAGUUACUGGGACUUGUCCUAUAAAGCUCAAAACUAAUCAGAAAUGUGAUGAAGGAGAGGAUUGUCCCUAUCAGAUAAAUCUGCCUCCCAUGACCAUCCAGCUACCCAAAGAAUUCAAACUACUUGAGAAGACUCUCAGAGAAGUACAGACCCUUAAAGAAGCAGUAAACAAGCUGAAGAAAUGCUGCCAAGAUUGCAAGCUGCAGGCAGAUGACAACCAAGAAAGAGACACUAGUAAUGAGUUCCUGCCACCUAAUGCAGAAACUCCAGCAGAAAACAGCAAAAUCAUCCAAGAUAACAGAGUAAAGGAACUGCAAAGCAAGGUUAACAGAAUGGCAACCAGCUUAAAAAAUGCAAAGAGCCAAAUUCAGACACUGCAGGGUCGUUUAGAGAAGAUGAAUCUCAUAAAUAUGAAUAAUGUAGAACAUUAUGUUGACAGCAAAGUUGCUAAUUUGACAUUCGUGGUGAACAGCCUUGAUAACAAAUGUUCUUCUAAAUGUCCAGCAAUGCAACCAAGACCUGUUAUACAAAUAAUGCAGAGGGACUGUGCUGAUCACUACACAGCAGGCAGAAGGAGUAAUGGAAUCUACAGGAUUAGCCCUGACCCCAGAAAUGAUAGCUUUGAAGUUUACUGUGACAUGCAAACCCAGGGAGGCGGCUGGACAGUACUGCAACGGCGUCAGGACGGUAGCACUGACUUUAACAGAACCUGGAACGACUACAAAAAUGGCUUUGGAAACCUCAGCAGGGAGUUUUGGCUGGGGAAUGACAAAAUUCACCUCUUGACAAAGAGCCAGGAAAUGCAACUGAGAAUUGAACUUGAAGAUUUCAAUGGUAUCAGAGAGUACGCAAAGUACGAACACUUCUACGUGGCCAACGAGUAUCUCAGGUACCGCCUGAGUGUCCACGGCUACAGCGGCACGGCCGGGGACGCCCUUCACUACAGCAAGCAUUACAACCACGACCAAAAGUUCUUCACAACUCCAGACAAGGACAACGAUAGGUAUCCUUCAGGAAACUGUGGAGCCUACUACAGCUCUGGCUGGUGGUUCGAUGCCUGCUUGUCUGCCAACCUCAAUGGCAAAUACUACCACAAGAAGUACAAAGGUGUUCGCAACGGCAUUUUCUGGGGCACGUGGCACGGCAUCUCUGAUGAUAUUCCCAGUGGAUAUAGGCAAGCCUUUAAGUCAGCAAAAAUCAUGAUCAGACCCAAAAGUUUUGUGCAGUAA